AUGUCCAUGGACCACUCAGAUCAGGCCUGGGCCAUUGAUGGGGCAAGAAAGCUUGUUCUAGAGCUCUAUGACCCAACCAACACGGGCAACCCCGCCAAAAUCAAUGAGAUUCAGGAGCUUCUCCAGAAUCUUCAAAAAGGGCCACAUGCUUGGGUCAUAGCGAAUUGUCUUCUUGCCGAACAGAGUCCAGAUCUCAGGUUCUUCGGAGCGCUGACCUUCACCGUCAAAGUUAACCAUGACUGGCAUAACCUAGCUGACAACGAUGCUUACGAGCUUAUUGGGCGGUUAAUAGACCAUUACGUAUCCCUAGUUAGUGGAGGGGAGCGUAUCGUCAUACGAAAAUUGGCUUCAACUCUUGCAACCAUCUUUCUGAAGACAAAUGCACCUUGGACACGCGCUAUCUUGAGCCUAGGUGCUUCUCUGGCCAACGGCAAAAACGUCCCUGAGGAGCAAUGUGCGUCAGUUAGUCUGCAAGGUAUUCUUCCAGCAUUGUCUGAGAAUCAGGUGACCGCGCUACUCUACUUCUCAAAAAUCCUAGCAGAGGAGAUAGGCCGUUCGGGGGCUGAAUCGCGGAAGCCUGAAGACACUCGUCGCAUCUCCGAAAAUCUUCAAGAUGCGUUCUUGCUCGCGGAAUUUGUUCUUUCCCAGAUACUGACGCAUAACGCUUCCGGUGGUUCUGUGGCUAACGAAAUUCCGGGAACGGAGGCAAUUAAUUCUUACCAUUCUUGGAUUUCAGUUCGAAGCUCGCUUCAAUUGCAUGAUACUAUUUCCGUCCCACAGUUGGUGCCCGCCACAAAUUGUGUGAUUGGAAGCCUGAACAUUUCCUCUCUAUCGAAAACUGCCGCGCACAUUCUGACGGAAGUCAUGAGUCGCCGUGAGAGUGUGCUAUCGCAAAAUCAUACUAAUGCUAUACUAGAAUACGUUAUUAGCGAUGUUGGUACGGCGCAUAUUGCCUCUUUGAUGGAGGGUGAUUUUGAAGAUGAGAACAUGACAUUCGUUGAACUACUCCUAUCAUUGGCGACGCGAAAACAGACUCAACUCUUUUCUCAAACACUGGAUGAUAAACACGAAAAAGUGCUUGCUUUGGUCCAUACUCUGUUCAAAUCACCUGGGUAUGCGGCAGUGGAUGACGCCGCGUCACCCCUGGCUCUCGAAUGGUGGACUGAAGCUGCUGACGACCUCCAAGAUAGCUUUCUAGACUCUGCAGAGCAGAAGGGCCCCGAAACUGCCAAGAUAAAUCUUGCCCGUGCCGCUCUGGACUGCUUCGAGAAGCUCAAGUACCCUACACCAGAAGAGUUGCGAGAUUGGAGUGAUGACGAGCGCGCUGAAUUUGGGUCCUUCCGGCGAGAUGUCUGUGACUUCCUGCUUGCGAUAUAUCCCAUAUUAGGGGUAGAUCUGGUGCAAGUAUUUCAAGCGCACGCACGUGCCUCUCUCACAAACCAAGAAUGGAGAACAUUCGAGGCUGCUAUCUUUUGUAUUGCCCAGCUUUCCGAGGCAGUUGACGAGAACCAGCACGCUGAUGAUUGCCUGAAUGCGAUAUUCUUUUGCGACGAGUUCGCCCGAUUGUGCGAAGAUAAUGGGAGUACGAUUCCAGGUAAAGCUCGCCAGACACUGGUAGAUAUGCUCGGAAAAUAUCGGUCAUAUUUUGAACGCACCCAGGUCUUGCUUCCUCGAGCACUCACAUUUCUGUUCGCAUCUCUGAACUUAGCGUCAUGCGCCCCGGCAGCCUCAAAGUCCAUAGCGCAUCUCUGCAACUCGUGCCGCGAUGCUCUCAAAGUUGAGCUGCCCGCAUUUAUCGGCCAAUUCGAGCUAUUUCGAACCAAGCCUACUGCCACCACCCAAACGAUGGAGAGGGUGUUGGAGGGUAUAGCUGCCAUAAUUCAAACUCUUCCUGCAGAUGAAGAAAAGUCUCAUUUCUUGGAAGGAAUUCUGAAGUUUUUCUUGGAACAGGCAGAGAUAGCUCGGACUGAGGGUGCACAAGGGUCUGUAGAGCCUGCCCGCAUUCGCGGUCAUAUGGUCCUCCGAUGUCUUGCGAGUAUAGGAAGGGGCCUAAGGACAGAUGAAGUGGUGGACCUCCAUCAAGAUAAAGACCAGGGGCCAUAUACGCCCACAUUCUGGAACACAGGAAAUGGCGCUGUAUCACAAAAUUUGAUAAUGCAAUGUAUGCGACUCCUAAUGACGGACUUUCCGUUUGACGCCGCCAUCAUCGAGGCGGCCUGUGAUGUUUUCAAGGCCGGUUAUACGGAGAGCACAGGCCCGUUUGUUUUCCCGCCCUCGUUGACAGUUGACUUUGUCAAGAGCAUCCCACUGGGCACUCCCGGUGCUGACAUGGUGAUGGGCACGGCUUCUGCCUUCCUAGCCUCCCACAGCGCACACCCACAGAAGGUAGGCGAGGAGGCUGUCGCACUGAUCCUCCAUGUGUACGACACUUUCUGCUGGGUGCAAGAGAAGCCGGAACUCUACGAUCCGGAACUUGCCAACAGUGGUCUUGACUUUCUUACCCGCUUGCUCCCUAAAUAUUAUCCUUUCCUCUUCGCACUUACAUAUACACCUCAGGGAGCCGGACAACGGCCGCCGGUCAUCCAAGCAAUCUCAAAUUUCACCCUCAUCUCGCUCCAAGGACCGGAACCUAUCCCUCUCCGCUCUGCGUCCCAAUUCUGGGUGAGCGUCCUGAAUCUUCCCAAUGAUGCUCAGGCCGUACAGCAAACGAUUCAGGAAUACCUGCCAGCGCUUUGUCGUGUACUUAUUACGCAAUUGGCGGGUCGUUGUGCUCGAUCGGAUAUCGAGCAUCUCACAGAUGUGCUCAGACGAAUUGUCUUCAAGCAACAGGGACAUGCACGUCCUCAUCUCACCGCCGCUUUGGCGGACCUGGGGAAUGAGCAGCUCGGCCAAGCCCACGGCCAUAUCCCUUCUCCAGAAGAGAGACAGCGCUUCCUCCUAUCGGUAUUCGCCGCACGAGGUUCCAAACAGCAGACUCUCCAAUUAGUACGUUCUUUCUGGGUCAAAUGCCGCGGCGCUGGCUUCGAUUAUACAGGGUAG